AUGAUGAUCAACAAAAGUUACAGAUGCUACAGAUUGAACAUAAACAUGGACAGUAGUAGAAAGAAGUUGACGAUCAAGUGGCGACAAAAAGCAGCCACCUCACCCGUACAUCUUGAGAGGAGAGGAGCUGGCUCAGCCACACCAUCGCACAGGAAUAUGUCACCAGAUGAAGAUUCAAACACUUCAUCCCACAGUGACUCUCCAGGACCCGAGGCCUUUAAAGCACUAAGUCUGGACACCCCCAAGAGAAAAGCAGAGGUGCUGGAUAAAAGUGUUCCCUCUGUGGGAAAAGAUAAGCUGAGGAAGCUGUCCAGAAGAAACCACGAGUCAUUCAUUACUUCAAAGCAAAAACCUUUGGGCAACACACCCAAACAGCUGAAAUCCACAGUCGACCAGCAGGUGUCACCACCUCCAUCACAUUCAUUUAUCCUGAAGAAGAGGGAGAGGACAUCCCAAGAGGGAUCGAAGGCCAUCUACAGGAUGGCAAUGUUAGCUGCUCUUGACGGAACAAAUGCAAGACGCAGCCCUCCUAUCAUCCCAAAGACUGAAGUGUUAUUGACACCUGUGCCUUCACCAGUGAAGACUGAAGUGCAGAGUCUGGCAUCAUUCGACAGAAUUGUCGUUGAUAUUAACUGCGCAAAAUCCAAAGACAACUGGUUCCCCCCUGAGAUGUUUGAGGACACAGAGACCCGAGGUGACAGCUCUGAUCUGAAAACAAAUGAACGGCGUGUUGUGCUGGAAGGUGAGGACUCACCUGGGAGGUAUGUUGCUCAGGACUCUGUAUUUGUCCAGACCACUUCUCAAGAUACAGAAAAAGAGCCAGAAGACGGUUGCAACUUGUCCCUCCCUACUCUGGAAUAUAUCCCGGAUACUUUGUGUUGUUUCAUGACUCAUCAGGAGGGCUCUUCUGAUGACCAACAACGCCCGAGUCCUUCAGUUUAUCUUCGGGGAUCUGCUGUGUCCCCUUUCCCCUUUAUGUCCACUCAUGAAACUAGUGCAGCUACUGAGGACAUUGAGAAUUUCUCAUCACCGCAGAGGACAGUUUUUAUCUCCUCUAGGCAGAUGCAGCCACCAAACACUGGCCCUUCAGAGACGGAGACUUUCCGUUCCUGCAACUUGAAUGAACCCUUUACUCUGCCACUCAUCUCAAAUCCAGGAAUAUCCAAACCUCACCCAAGAUCAACGACACGCAGGCAGUCAGACGCAGGUUCCAACAUUCAUUACCCCCCCUACUCUUUUACUCAUAGUGGCACUCCCAAGAGAAGAUUUUCCCUGGGGGCAGAAUCUGCGUGGACCAGUGUCCCCAACCUGGACAAUCAGGCUGGUUUCAUAGACACUCACUGCCACAUAGACAUGCUCUAUGGAAAACUUGGCUUCCGCGGAACGUUCAGCAGCUUUCGAAGGCUGUACCAGAGCAGCUUUCCUUCAGAGUACAGAGGCUGUAUUGCCGACUUCUGCAAUCCUCGGGUCAUGGUGAAACAGGCCCUGUGGGAGGGUUUGCUGAAGGAAGACAUGGUAUGGGGGGCAUUUGGGUGCCACCCCCACUUUGCCAAUGAAUACUCAAGUGUCCAAGAACGCAACAUACUGAUGGCUAUGCGACAUCCAAAAGCUGUGGCAUUUGGUGAGAUGGGGCUGGACUACUCGCACAAAAACUCAACUAACACCUCCACGCAAAAAGAGGUGUUUGAGCGUCAGCUGCGUUUGGCCGUGGCCAUGAAGAAGCCGCUGGUGAUCCACUGCAGAGACGCAGAUGACGAUCUACUGGUCAUCAUGAAGAAGUGUGUUCCCAGAGAACAUAAAAUUCACCGACACUGCUUCACAAACAGUUAUCCAGUGAUCGAGCCCUUCCUGACAGAGUUCCCCAACUUAUACGUGGGCUUCACAGCCUUGAUCACGUACUCCAGUGCCACCGAGGCCCGAAACGCUGUCCGCCGGAUCCCUCUGGACCGCAUUGUGUUGGAGACAGAUGCACCUUACUUCCUGCCAAGACAGGUGAGUAAAGCUGUCUGCCGGUUUUCACAUCCUGGAAUGGGCAUCCACACUCUGCAGGAGCUGAGCCUGUUGAAGGGAGAAGACAUGGCCACCGUCCUCUCCACGGUCCGAAACAACACCACUCAGCUGUACGGAAUCUGA